GUCAUCGUCGUCCACAGGCUCACACCCACAGUUCUUGGUGGCCACUCGGUAAUGGAGCUGAAGCAGCAGCAGCACUUCUUGGUGGCCACCUUCCCCUUCCAAGGCCACAUCAAUCCGGUCCUCCACCUCGCCAAGCACCUCGCCCACUCCGCCGCCGGCCCCCUCGUCACCUUCUCCACCACCCUCUCGGCUCACCGACGCAUGUUCCCCUCGGCCCCCGACCACCACGACGUCUACGACGGCCUCCUUUCCUAUGUCCCCUUCUCCGACGGCUUCGACGACGGCGACCGUGGCGGCUUUGCCGGGUUCAACCGUUUCAUGGCCGAGUUCAAGGUCACCGGGCCCCGCAGCCUCUCCAGCAUCGUCGCCGGCCUCGCCGCCCGCGGCCGCCCCGUCACGUGUAUCGUCUACACCAUGCUCCUCCCUUGGGCCGCCGACGCGGCGCGCGAGUACGGCAUCCCCUCCAUCCAUUACUGGAUCCAGCCGGCCACCGUGUUCGCCGUAUAUUACCACUACUUCCAUGACUACGGUGCUGUCGUGGACGCCCACCGCGACGACCCCUCGUUUACGGUGACCUUCCCGCGGCUGCCGCCCAUCAAGAUUAGCGACGUCCCGUCCUUCCUCACCUCGCCUGUGGAUCACCCUCUCUCCUCCGUCUACCUGACCUUGCGCGAGGCGUUUGCGGCGCUGGACACUGAGAAGGCCGCAUCCUCGUCGAAGCCGAGGGUCCUCGUUAACACGUUCGACGAGCUGGAGCCGGACGCGCUGGCGGCGGUGGACGAGAUCGACAUGCUGACCAUCGGGCCACUGAUUCCGUCCUGGUCGUUCUCUGGCACCGCCGCUCCCAAAGACACCGAGACUGGCGCCGGCGGCGACAUCUUCAAGCCAGACGACAAGGGGUACAUGGAGUGGCUGGACUCGCAGCCGGAGUGGUCGGUGGUGUACGUCUCCUUCGGGAGCUUGCACCACUUCACCAAGCGAGAGCUGGACGAACUGUCGGCGGGCCUGGAGGAAUGCGGCCGGCCGUACAUGUGGGUGGUGCGGCGGGACAAUAGGGAAGAGGGGAACCUACGAGAAGGGAGCGGUCAAGGGAUGGUAGUGGAGUGGUGUUCGCAGGUGAAGGUGCUGUCGCACGCGGCGGUGGGCUGCUUCGUGACCCACUGCGGGUGGAACUCGAUGCUGGAGAGCCUAGCGUGCGGCGUGCCGACGGUGGGCGCGCCGCGGCUGUCGGAUCAGAGGACGAACGCGAGGAUGGCUGACGGCGCGUGGGGGACCGGGGUGACCGCGGAGCUCAGCGAGGACGGCGUGGUCGAGGCCGAGGAACUGAAGCGGUGCGUGGAACUGGUGAUGGGGGAGGGGGAGGGAGGCAAGGAGAUGAGGAAGAAGGCAGAGCAGUGGAAGGAGAGAGCCCGGGCGGCCGUCAGCGAAGGAGGGUCGUCGGAUCGGAAUCUGACGGCAUUCCUUGAGGAGAUCGGUAAAGGGUCGUAACGAACAUUUGCAGUGGCAAGCAAUAUUUAGAAUAAAUAAACCUCUUUUAUUUUCGAUACCGAACGUUUGUCAUUGAUGACCGUAAUGUAACUCUUUUGUGGUG